GGUUUUUGUUCCAGCACCGCCAUGAAUUCUCCGGUGCUGCAGGACUGUGUGCGGGAGUGGGGGGAGAUUCAAGAGAACUACCAGGACAUACAGGAAACACAUCGAUUAUACAAGCAGAAGCUAGAGGAACUAUCAAAGCUACAGACGCGCUGCUCAGGUACCAUUUCUCGUCAGAAAAAGAAGCUUCGAGAAUUAUCUGUGGAAUUAAAGAAAUGUAAAUCCAAGGCAAAAAAUGUGGAAGAAGAAGAAGAACAAAUUAGAGACUUGAAUAAUCAAAUCAGAGCACGGGAAAAAACAUUCUUUGAGAUGGAGUCUUUUCUGCCAAAGAAAAACGGAUUGUACCUCAGUCUAGUACUGGGAAACGUGAAUGUGACUCUCCUAAGCAAACAGGCAAAGUUUGCAUACAAAGAUGAGUAUGAGAAGUUCAAGCUGUACCUUACCAUAAUCCUUAUGGUACUCUCCUUCAUAUGUCGCUUUCUCUUAAACUCCAGGGUUACAGAUGCAGUGUUUAACUUCCUACUAGUGUGGUAUUACUGCACGCUGACUAUCCGUGAAAGUAUUUUAAUCAACAACGGAUCCAGAAUUAAAGGCUGGUGGGUUCUAAACCAUUAUAUUUCCACAUUUCUGUCUGGAGUCAUGCUGACAUGGCCUGAUGGUUUAAUGUACCAGAUGUUCAGGAAUCAAUUUUUGUCUUUUUCCAUGUACCAAAGUUUUGUUCAGUUUCUGCAAUAUUACUAUCAAAGUGGCUGUCUCUAUAGACUUCGAGCUCUAGGGGAGAGGCAUAACAUGGACCUGACAGUUGAGGGUUUUCAGUCCUGGAUGUGGAGAGGUCUGACCUUCCUCCUGCCGUUUCUCUUCUUUGGUCAGUUUUGGCAACUUUAUAAUGCUAUCACCCUCUUCAAACUGGCUAGACACCCAGAGUGCAAGGAAUGGCAGGUGAUAAUGUGCGGCCUCCCCUUCCUUGUCCACUUCUUGGGGAAUUUUUUCACAACACUCCGAGUCGUCCACCAAAAAUUCCAAAAGCAAAAUUAGUAACAGAAGUAGAAAUGAAGCAACAAGUCGAGUGCCCCUGAGUGAGAGCACAUCCUACUUAUACACUGCCAGAAACCAUGAUCUACAGAAUGCAGCUAUACUGUAUUGCCCAGAACUGGAAAUCCUAAUCACCGUUUCUAUGGUGAUGGCUGGAGAACACACAAGCAGUGUAUCCUCCACCUGUCAUCUUUUUCAAAGUUAGGCUACAAGUCUAAUUCUUGUCAUAAACCUAGACCUGAAAUAAA